CGCCGUUGCAGACAUGUCUUCCACUGAAGUAGUGACGGUAACAAGCACCACUACGCGUUUCGUCACGUGCACGACAACGAGGUUCAACGUCGGUCCCUGUAGGAGCGGCAGGCAGCGUGCUCUUGCCUCUGAUGGAAACGCACGCGCUGGCCCAUGGAGGAAUACGAAGGAACUGCAGCUUGAGAGCUCCCUGGAGACGUCCCCGCUUUUCCCGAAAGACCACGCCGCUCUGAAGAAAACUUGCAACACCUUGACCAGCAAUGGCCCCGACGGCCGCGUCAUGCUGACCCUCGAGCGAAUCACCUUCGCCACGGAGACGAAGACCGAGCUCGUCACCGUAAGGGAUCCGCGAAGCACAAUCUCUAUCACAUACGACGGAUGCAUUCCUCCCGACGCCAUUGACACCUUCGAGUGCCCGUACAGCUACGGCUACGGUUCCGACGAAGCAUUGGGUGAAGACGUCAGUCCUGUUAUAAGUUCCAGUGACGAUGCGAGUGUAGAUACCUCCAGAAGAGUGUGAGCCAAAUGAAAUGCAAGAUUGAGUUCUACUGUGAAAGCGUCCGACUUUACUGAUGUAAGCCG